ACGUGAAUCUUGUCCAGAUCGAGGCUCCCGACUUAGCGCAGCGCCUCUAAUGACAUGCGCUCGAACGGAAGCUCGGUUACGGAGUACAUUCAACUGAUUGCCGAAUGAUUCAGGGUAACCAGCCUUUCAUCUCGAUGAGAGAUAGUAUUUCAAUACUUCAAGAGUCGGAUAUGUCGGCAGUGUUGGUUGCUGGAUGAAUUGCUUUACUUCGACCUGAUCGUCGGUUGGAGUUGCUUUUGACUGCUUUUACCCGGGAGCGAUUGGAAGGAAAUACAGUGAUAACCCGGACGGAUAAUGUGAACGAAUCUGUCGUCGAAUGCAAGGGUAUCUCGGGACGUCGGCAGAUCGAAGCAGGGAUACUUUGGAGACAGCCUUCACCGUGGUGAACAUCUCGGUGAAGAAACAAGGAUCUGGUCUCGUGACCAUUCCGGCUGUGGCUUCGAUCGCCGUUGUCGGGCGGCCCGGGCAUUAGAUAAUCCCUGCCACCUCAGUCGGCGAUUGUGGGGAACGGAAUCUGCGGGCUUGGAUGAUCCGCAUGCUCAUUCGCUGCUCGUGAUACGCCACUUAAUCAUCCAUCUUUUGUAGCUAUGGUUUCCUGCUCUAACAUGCUCAGUACGCGAUAUCCAAAACCUCAUAGUUCGUGGUGCUGAAUAUGAUUUCAAUGUCUCUGGGCUUAUGCCAUUCAACAAAGUCGUCAUGCCGCUGAGCAAACCUGCCAUUUCUCUCAAUUCCUGCAAUGCCUUUCCCGUCGUGUCGAGUAUACCGCCUAUCCGGUCUAUAACGUCAUCUAGAGGGGUCCGAUUUAGGCACGCACCAGCAACGACUUUCUCAAUAGACGGGUAUAGGCAAUAUGCUAGAGUAAGCAGUAACCGAAGAGGCAGUUUCAGUCAUAAUGAAGUACCUGAGUGGCCCAAAACUUCGUAUCCUUCUCCCUACGAGAUCUUCGCUAUGAAGAGUGACGCUCCAUAUACCAAGCAUCGAUUCUAUCAACUUGUCAAAGUCUACCACCCCGACCGACACAACCAUGCUCCCAAUACCGACAACAUAACACACAAGACUCGCUUAGAACGGUAUCGCCUCAUUGUUGCUGCCAACGACCUCCUUAGCGAUCCCUCUAAACGUCAGCUCUAUGAUGUUCAUGGUGUAGGAUGGACUGGUGGUCGCCCUCAGACACUCAACGAAACUGUCCGCAAUGCUGAUCGUGCCUGGCGUCACAGGGCCGGAUCUGCAGCACAUAAUGCUACGUGGGAAGAUUGGGAACGAUGGUACGAUGCCCGUGAUGGCAGAGUCAAGGAUCCUUUAUACAUGUCUAAUGGCCUUUUUGCCACUCUUGUCGUUGCUAUGUGCAUGAUAGGCGCUUUUGCUCAGAUGAGUAGAGCAGAUCAGUACGGCGCCGAUCUUGUGGAAAUGAAGAACCAGUCCAACCUUGCCAUUGGGCAGCAGGUUGCCCGUCGUAAUACAAUUGCGGCGGGUAGGUCCAAGGAUGAAAGAGUUGAUAUGUUUUUGAAGGACAGAGAGAACUUGAAUUAUGCUUUCCAGCCUGGAAAGUACGACAACGAAGUGCCGCAGGUAUCUCAAGGCCAUGAUCCUCGUCAUGAACAUAAUGGAAAGGCGUGAAAGGAGCGGGAGUGGGCUUAGAGGAUGAGGCAACCUGGGGUUGGUGAGAACAUACUUUGCUUGGCUGCGGCCCUCUUCUUUCGUUCUGUUUUGGAGCAUUGCCGUGUGUCAGCACGCAAGGAGUCUGGAGUCUUUCGAUAUUGGUCACCAGCUUACAAAUGAUUUUCUUGCAGAAAUUUUGCAGUGUGAAAGAGGUCUUGCCAAAGAAAUAACGCCAGUGAUUCAAAAUUAACAUCUAACUUGCUACUCUCGAUUACAUCAUACCGACUACCAUAUACCAUCCCCGUGGUCUUGGCUAUACCAAAUGUGAAACGUCGAAACAUGAGUCAAAGUUGAGACAGCUUUGAUUGAUCUCAAGCAUAAUUAAAUUGCAUUGGCCUUCCCCUGUCCUAUCUAGAGCAUAACUAAAUAGCUAAUUAACUUCAAAAUUGACCCUUUGGGACCCAUCUCCUAUCUUUAAGCGACAAAGCCGUAGCACAAAAUCUCGUCGUCUCACUCUCAUUCAGAAACACCGAAAUUAACCCAGCCCCUAUUAGGCAAAAGGUGUCUCCGAGAAUCAAGGCUCAAAGUCUUUAUUAGAACG